UCUAUUCGUCCGUCCUCCAUACAUGGCACAACACGUACCGCCCUUAGUGGCAUCAACGGACCCGGAGAUCCCGACAUUCCACUGGGGCAUCCCGUCGCAGGACGACAGCAUCGGAAACCUGCUCCGAGAUGAGGCGCGGACUUUGUUGCUGGAACGGAAAAAUGACGAAAUACCCGAUGCUGAAGCCGUUGAGCAGAUGUGGCGACUCCUCGAAGAGCACGCCGUUGACGAGAACCUCAUGAUCGACUACCGGGGAUUCAAAAAGGUGCGACAGCUACUCGGGCCGAAGUACAAGGAAUUCUUCAAUGGCAGCGUUUUCUUCAAACUGCUCCAAGACCACCCUCUGGGCUACAUGUCGAUAAGAAACUUCUACAAUUAUGUGAAUCGCCGACGUUGGCUCCUGCAGACCAGAGUUGGUCUGGCUCUCUACGACGCUAACGGUCAAGGUUACCUGAAAGAAACCGACCUGGAAAACUACAUCAACGGCCUCAUACCGACAUUGAAUCAGCUCAAAGGACUCGAGACCGCUUUCCAUUCAUUCUACUGCUGCACUGCGGUGCGCAAAUUCAUAUUUUUCCUCGAUCCCUAUCGAACAGAUAGGGUCAGGAUCGACGAGAUCAUUCUAUCCUCAUUCCUCGACGAUCUUCUGGAGCUUCGCGAAGACAUGCCGAGAGCCGCUCUAGAAGCGAAUUGGUUCAGCGCGAUCUCCGCUAGGAAAGUUUAUAGCAGGUUCCUGGACUUGGACACCGAUAAGAACGGCAUGCUCUCACGCCAGGAGAUGUAUUGCUACGGUGAAGGAACAUUCACGAAAGUCUUCAUUGAUCGGAUCUUUCAAGAAUGUAUCACGUAUCAGGGGGAAAUGGAUUACAAAACUUAUUUGGACCUGAUUUUGGCUCUCGAGAACCGAAGUCAGCCUGCGUCGAUACACUUCUUCUUCAAGAUAUUCGAUUUAGACCAUAAGAACUAUCUGGACAACACCUCCAUGAGAUUCUUUCUCAAGGCCAUUCUGGAGAUAGUGAACGACCCAGCUCUGAAAGUAGAAGACAUAUUGGACGAAAUUCAUGACAUCGUGAAGCCGGCAACUCCCGGUCGAAUCACAUUGAAGGACCUCCUGCGGUGCGGUCAGGGCGGCCUCGUUGUUUCGAUGAUGGCAGAUGUCAAUGGUUUCAUGAAAUAUGACGACAGACAAUUCGAGCAGGAGGAAGAGCGUCAGGAGGCGGACGCGCUGUCGGACCAACCGAACAGUAUUUGA